UAUCAAUUGACAGCGACGGCGGUACCACUACAUACCGAGACGUUCACGUGUAGGCCUACUCUAAUCCGUGGUCUAAUUAUUAUACCAUCAUCACCUGGUGCUCCGAUAGAGGUACGAGUUGGUCUGUACAUUGAGAGUCUGGGUGCGAUCAAAGAAAGCACGAUGGACUUUCGUUUGACGAUGUACUUCAGACAAAGAUGGGUUGACCCCCGCCUUGCCAUCAACAAAACCCAUGAAAGAAUAUUAGUAGCCAAUGAAGGAGCCAUCAUCUGGUCGCCCGAUCUUUACUUCCUCUACGAGAAAAGUGGCCAUGCCCACGUCCUUACCGUUCCUAACAUCGUGACGACUAUCCAGCCCGAUGGAACGAUUUUCCGGAGCUCAAGGAUAAGUUUGACUUCAGCUUGCUACAUGGUUCUUCAUCGCUUUCCGUUUGAUUCUCAGCGAUGCACGCUAAACGUUCUGAGCUAUAGUUAUACAACCAAGGAUAUGAUACUCGACACCAGUGAUGAGAAUGUUGAGAUACCGGAUGGAUUGAUAAUGCCUAGUUUUAUUCUGCAAUCAGUUUGGACCAGGGAUGACGAAGUACUGGUUUCAGCUGGGGGUAAUUUUAGUAUGAUUAACGUCCACUUCGAGUUUCAACGGCAAAUGCAGUCCUUCCUCUUGACAGUCUACAUCCCGAGCAUGCUUCUAGUUAGUCUGGCCUGGCUUUCAUUUUGUAUCGACGCCCAAGCAGCCCCUGCCCGAGUCUCACUGGGUAUAACAACAGUUCUCACCGUCACCACCAUGACCUCUGGGAUACAAGAAUCACUUCCGGUUGUGACCUACGCAAAGGCUAUUGAUAUUUGGCUUGCUGCUUGUCUGUUCUUUGUCUUCAUGGCCUUGCUGGAAUACGCGCUGGCUAAUUAUCUCCUCACGCUACACAGAAAACGUAAAGAAGCCAUAGAGGCCUUGGAAGCAUCCUUAAAAUCCGAGUCAUCGGCGCGUGGCAGUCCGCCAACUACCAAAGAAGGGUUACUAGAGGAACAGCUCAGCAGAUACCAGGCUCAGUACGCCGCUCCAAUCAAGGGGCAGUCAUCGGGUAAUAGUUCUGAUGAAGAAACCCAGAACCCUCUUGUCCUUCCCACGCCGUGGACAGCCGACAGAGUUGACCAAUUAGCGAGAUACAUUUACCCAGUUGCCUUCUUUUUGUUCAACCUCAUUUAUUGGCCUUUGUAUAUUUAUAUGGACUGAUCGGGUGCAGGAAAGGGGUGUCCGACAGGGUCGCUCGUGUCACCACAUUUAUUUCAAUAGAUCAGCUACAUGGUUACCAAGACUUGGAAGAGAUGAAACAUCCGCUUUUUUCAUUACAAUGAAAGUUUAUACGAAAGGGCUGAACUAUAGAAUGAAAGGUGCAUAUACUGAGAAAUCCACCCCCAGAAUUUUACAAUUUAAUAGCAACAAAUUGUCUGAUGUCCUCCAAACUUUGCAGUAACAAGAUACCAUGAUCUGUAUUUAGUAAAACCAAAAAAAUAUUCACUGUAUAACGCUGAGUAAAAAAAUUAAGGUUUUAUAAAAUUAUAAUGUAUUGAAUAGAUCUUGAUCUUGGGAUAUAUAUAUAUACUGAAGUGUAUCAGCCGAAUUGCCUUAUCAUCAUAAUGUUUAUACACUUUCAUUUAGAAGUGUAGAAGAGUAGCAGUAGCAGAAUUUUCUUUAUUAUCAGCAGCAAUAUUACAGGUAGGAGUAGUAGUAGUAGAAGUAGUAGUAGUAGUAGUAGUUGUAGUAGUAGUAGUAGUAGUAGUAGUAGUAGUAGUAAUAGGAGGAGGAGGAGUAGAAGUAUAGCAGUAAUAGCACCACCACAAGCACCAUCAACAACAGUAGAAGCAGUAGUAGUAAUAGUAAUAGUAUAGUAGUAGUAGUAGUAGUAAUAGUAGCAGUAGCGGACCGUGACCCGGAGGAGACAAAGCGUUGGGGGCCCUGUAUUGUUUGUGAACAAUGCUGUGCCCCCCCCCCCCAUCUCCUCCGUGUCACGGUCCGCCACUGAAUAGUAGUAUACUAGUAGUAGUAGUAGUGGUAGUAGUAGUAGUAGUAGUAGUAGUAGUAGUAGUAGUAGUAUGUAAUAAAAAUAUCUACUUACCCUAGCCACUUAGAGGACCCUGUAUAUUAUCUUUUUCAUUCUUAAUAAUCAAUUAGAACUUCGAUUGAGCAUGUCUGGUAGUUUUGUACUUACUUAAGUCUUUUAAACAUGUUGAAUAUACUCUGAAGUUUGUAUUUGCAAUAAUGUGCUGCAUAUGCCAAUUGUUUUCUUAUUGUUUGUCUGCUUAAUGAAUUAUAUUUACUUUAUAUAAGUUAUAUAAGUUUUGUGUCAAUAUUAUAAGCACAAAUCAUACGCUCUGCAUGAAUCAUGAUGCAUGGACAUAAUGGUGUUCCUAUGUUAAAAGUCUCAGGUUAAAAUAUAUAUGGCUAGUUAAAUUAAAUCGAUGUACAUGU